UUCCGGGCUGAAAACCAGAAGGGGAGAGAGUAUAAAAACUUUAGAGAGGGCCCCAGAAAGCAUUUGCUAGCCGAGCACAGACAGAGCAGUUUGCCUUCCAGCUUCAGAUCGGUUGGUGUGCACAGAAGAUAUCUCAGUCAUAAUGGAUUCUAUCCUAAAGUGGUUUGGCAAAGAUAAUGACAAAGAGAAGGAGCGGCAGAUAGAGAAGAGGAGGCUGAAGACUAAACCAUGUGAGGAGCAGCAGAAGGGGGAGCAGAUGGAGGACAAAGGCAGUGAGGGUGAUAGCAGCAGCAGCAGCAGCAGCAGUAGCAGCAGCAGCAGCAGCGAUGAGGAGACUGCACGAGGGCUGAGCCAGGAGAUGAUCACCAAGAAAGAGAAGAAACGCUUCAAUUAAUUGCGGGAACCAGCUGCCAUGGGCGCCCGGGAGAAAAAGGGCUGUCAGGGGCGAGCGAGUGAAGGGCUGUCACACGAUGAACUUGUCCACUUACACGAGUCAAGCCUAUCACAUUCAUCCUUGCUCUGUGGUUUCAUUUAGGUGAUUUUUGAUAUAGUGUCCCUAGCAACAACAAAACCCUAAUACUAUAAUUUAUUGAGCCCCUGCUAUACCUCAGUCACGGUGCUCAGAGCUGUUCGCAGUUCUUUCCUGUAACCCCACAAACAACCCAUUAGGUCUGUAGUAUCAUCAUUCUAAAUUACAGAUGAGAAACAGAUCGCCCAAAGUCAACACAGCUGUGGAGUGGGUGGAUGGGUGGGUGGGAAAAGGAGAGGGUCAAAUAUCCAGUGUUUGACAUGUCGCCUAUCCACUCAGGAAACGCAUGAAAACCCUGAGCCCAACCACUUGAAGUUCACUGUGCCGCCCUCAGGGCCCUCUCCAGCCCCCAUCAACCUAACACAAAAGAACUAUAAAUAGAUCAGGGCAUCUGGGAACAAACCUGGCUUGACCAGAAUCCUGUGACACACGCAGAGAGGAGAGAGGGGUAGAAGGAUACCUGUUGUUCCCAGGCGCAGGAGAUGGGGGUUGGAUCCCAGCCCUGCCGCUGAGAGACCCUGAGCCCAUCUGCCACUGCCUUCCUGGUUUACUUUCUGCACCUGUAGCUCUGGAAAUAACCCACACAGUAACACUGUUUAGGUUUCCAAGGUGUUUGGCUCCAUCUUCUGCUCAGCUCUGAUCACUGCACGGAGAGCUCAAGACCCAAGCAGGGGACACUUUCAGCCUCUUUCUCCCUCAAGCGGCUUCUCUGGGCCUCAGUCGUUUAAACCAGAGGCCAUGGAUCUUAUGUCCACAUAACGGAAAGGGGGCCAGUAGGGCAAACCACUCCUCCUCUGCUUCUCCCAUUAUACCUCCUGGGCUUUUAAUGGCCGGAUUCUAGGUCAAUGGGAGUGCUUCCAAGAUACUCUCUUGAACUUGUACUCACCUUCCAGAAAUAAGUAGGACCUGGGCAGGAGUGAGUCAAUCCUAGACUCUGCCAGGAGGCCCCAGAUCCUGAAGCCAGAAGAUGAGAAGAAUGGCCCUUGGGUCCUCCCCAGGCAGGGCUGGAAGAUAAAGUACUGCCGAGGCGUUGAUGCCUUUCGCAUUACUCCAGCCCUCCGAGGCGUAUUUCCUUGCUGCUGAUGAGCAGGCAGAGAAAGACGGCCUGCAGAGAGAAACAAACAAGAUGUGGGAGAUGUACAAUGAG